GUUUGCCUGCUACGGGGGUAGGAUGAGAAACAGCGUGUAGCCACUUCGUGCUAUUCCACUUUCAAACUCGCCACAAGCACCAUGCGCCGCCAGCCCCCUCGUCGCCAGGCGAUGCUGCCAUUGAUCCCUGCUCGUAGUGUGAGCCAUCAACCACUCCCUCGCUUGAACCCGCCUGCAUUGAUGGCCACUCAGUCGCCAAGAGUCGUUACCACAACAUAUCACGACGACGACGAUGUGUAUGAUGCCAAUGUAACGGCAAUGCCGAGGUGGGAGCGCUGGUUUUGGCUUGCAGGACUCGAGUCCUCCAAUUGCCCCACUUCAGGUAGUAGUAUAUUCUAAUCGGAUUGGUCAAUUUUCUUUUUUGUUUCGCCUGGGACAGGGAUUUCGACUUUUGCAAAGCAUGAGCUCCGAUGCUCCACCCAUGACAUCGCGUCUGUCCAUUUGGGUGUGGUUGCUGCCCAUCCUCGCGGCAGGCUGCCUUGGUUGCCUCGUAGCGUAUUGCUGCUGUAUCCGCCGCCCGGCAACAUGGUUUUCCUUGUCAACACCUGCCACUGCCAUAGAUCGCCCUCGUGUCCAUGCUGUGUACUGCGAAGAGCAUCUUGUCGUUCACAGCGACGCGGCCGGGCGAGCAUCCAUAGAUGCGUACCGCGUAGUCAUUGACCAAGAGCAACUCCCUUCGGCUGCCAGAAGAGUGUCAAACUCGUUGGAUGCAAGCAUUUCCAACUCCAAAAUGGCGGCCACAGAGCCGUAAUAUCGACCACUUUUUAGGAAUCUGGCGGUGGCUCCACACUAGCAGUUCAUUUUCCCCCUUAACCUACUCCAUUUAUAAGGGCAUUGUAUUGCGUACAAUGUAUUAGAGGAGUUGCCCGUCA